CUCCCUCCCUCACACUCCCCUUAGAUCCGCGGUCCUUCUCUCUCUGAAAUUCUCUCUCUCUCUUUCUAUCAUGUAAUUUAUAAAUUCUCACAUAUUCUCUGGUUUGAUCUCUCUCCACCCAACAAAUCUCUCUGCAUUUCUUUUUGUUCCUUUUUCUUUUUCCGGUCUCUUUGAAGACAAGAUACAAUCAGAACAAGAAACCAUCAAUACAAAGCCUCUUUCAAGUUGUUGAUGGUUCGGUUUGGUGGUUUUAGGGAUUGAUUAAUUGAUUUGUUUAGGUUUUUGGUUUUCAAUUGAAAGAUAUUUUCUUUUAGGAUGGUUGAUGGGGUUUGGUGUGGGGUGGGGAUAUCGUCAAUAAUGCAUAUUGGGUGCAUUGAGAGAGGGAUUUUGUACUAGGCGGUGAUUUUGGUGUGUGUGUGGCUGGGGUAGGGUGCGUGAGGAUGACGGAUACUCAACAGCUACAACAAAAACCAGAAUCUACUGAUGAUCCGUGUUCGGAUUUUGAACGAGGAGUGGAGGAAUUGAUGCGUGGGCAUUUGGAAAAUUGUAUGCCAUUUGCGUCGUGUAGCUCUCCACGUAAUCCUGAUGAUGAGGAGGACGAGGGUGAUCAACUUGUGAGGAGGAGAAGGAGGUCUGAUCUUGAGGGUGAUGACUUGGCAGAGUCUUCUGCGGCAAGACGGCGUCACUCACGGAUUUUGAGCAGGUGGGCUGCCCGUCAGGCACAGGAGAUGAUUACCACUAUUGAGAGGAGAAAUCGUGAGUCUGAGCUGAUGGCACUUGCAGGUUUGCACACAGUUUCAAUGCUUGACUCUUCAUUCUUGAGGGAGUCACAGUCCCCAACCUCAAGGCGGCAGGGGGCAGUGGAGAGGCCAAGCGCUCAGGCAUCUACAAUUUUGCAAAUGUGGAGGGAGUUGGAGGAUGAGCAUGUGUUGAAUAGGGCACGUGAGAGGGUGAGAGAGAGGUUGAGACAACAUAGGAAUGUUGAGUUGAAUACCAAUUCUUCGAUUAUGAAUAUGUCAGAGAGUAAUGGGAGUGAGAUUCAGGGAAGUUUGAGAGAUUCUACUGAGAGUGAAAAUGACUAUGGCACGUGGACCCAUGGUCAUAUUGGGACGCAGAAUGAACGUGAGGAUAAUAAUGGGUCUAGUAGGGAGCAGUCUCCUGAUCUUGGUGAUGUUGAGAGGGAGAGAGUUAGGCAGAUUGUUCGUGGAUGGAUGGAGAGUGGCAUUGGCAAUGAAAUGUCUAAUGUCUCACAAAGGAAUGGUAGUCCACGAGCAGAAUGGCUUGGUGAAACCGAGCGUGAACGGGUCAGAAUUAUCAGGGAACAGGUUCAAAUGACGAGUCAGCAGCGGGGAUCUCGUGGUGGGCAGAGGGUGGUUCAAGCUGCUGUUGUCGAUAGACAAGAUGACCAAGUCCGCGAAGGGUCAGUUACGGACCAGGAUGAAGGGCAGCCAGAGCACAUUCAUAGGGACUUGCUGAGGUUGCGUGGAAGGCAAGCUGUGGUUGAUUUGCUUGUCAGGAUUGAGAGGGAAAGGCAGAGAGAACUUCAAGGUUUAUUGGAGCAUCGCGCUGUCUCUGAUUUUGCCCACCGAAACCGCAUUCAGUCGUUACUGAGGGGUCGAUUUUUGCGAAAUGAGAGGCCUGCUGAAGAGGAGAGACCACCUUCAGUGGCUGCAAGCGAACUGGUUCAAUUAAGACAACGCCACAAUGUUUCUGGUUUAAGGGAAGGUUUCCGCUCCAGAUUAGAAACUAUUGUUCGUGGUCAAGUAACAAGCAAUUCUGAUUCCACAUCAAACAAUGAUGUCAAUGAUUCGAGGAAUGAUUGGGUUCAAACAAACGCUUCACAAGAUGUGCAAGUGGAAAUUAAUGACGAGUCACAACCUCGGAGUCAGGGGAGUGACAUCCAUAACUUGUCUGAGCCAACAAGCCACUCACUGAGCAACACAACCUCUGAUAACAUGAAUUGGCAAGAAACCGCUAAUCAGCAAGAUGAUUGGCAGGAAGAAAUCACCACUGCUGAGAGAGAUAACUGGCCAGAGUCUACCUACAGUCAGUCAAAUGAUUGGAGAGAUAGUAAUACCGAAGGUAUCAAUGGAAAUUGGCAAGAAAAUUCUCUUAAUGAUUGGCCUCAGGAAACUCCUGGAAAUGUAGACGAUCGGGGUAAUCUGCCGGAAGUCCAGGGGGUUUGGCAAGAGACUGGCUUGCAGGAAGCUGUUGGAAAUUGGUCAGAAGGGCCUUCCAACCCCCCAAGACCUCGGUAUAGAAGAUUCAAUAGAUUUCAUCCUCCUGAAGAUGAUAAUGUGUAUAGCAUGGAACUCAGGGAACUUCUUAGCAGGAGAAGUGUUUCCAACCUUCUGCGUAGUGGUUUCCGAGAAAGUCUGGACCAAUUAAUCCAGUCAUAUGUGCAAAGGCAAGGUCAUGCUCCUAUCGACUGGGAUCUACAUAGAAACAUGCCAACACCAGCUCCUGCUUCACCAGAGCGGGAUGAAGAGCAGCAGAGAAUUGAACGAAAUGUGGGUCAACGUGAUGGCACUAAUAGACCUUCACUGGUGCUGCCUACCCCACCAGUGCCUCCACCACAGCCAUUGUGGCAUCAGGAUUUACAUCAUUCUAGUUGGUCUCGGCAUAGCAUUCAUCGAUCAGAGAUGGAGUGGGAAAUGCUCAGCGAUCUGAGAGCAGACAUGGCAAGACUUCAGCAAGGUAUGAACCACAUGCAGAGAAUGUUGGAGGCCUGCAUGGACAUGCAGUUAGAGUUGCAGCGUUCUGUCAGACAGGAAGUCUCUGCAGCGCUGAAUCGAUCAGCCAGUGAAAAAGGGUCAAGUGUAGAAACGUCAGAUGAUGGAUCUAAUUGGGGUCAUGUGAGGAAAGGGACAUGCUGUGUUUGUUGUGAUAGCCAUAUUGAUUCUCUAUUGUACAGAUGUGGCCACAUGUGCACUUGUUUCAAAUGUGCAAGUGAGUUGGUCCGUGGGGGAGGUAAGUGCCCGUUGUGUAGAGCACCAAUCGUGGAAGUUAUCCGAGCAUACUCCAUACUGUAAAAGGUAGAUAGAAUGAUAAAGAUGAAGUAGCACAAGAGUGGAAAAGAUUCGAGCCAAUGACAGUUCCUUGUAAAUGAUCAAGGAGCAACCCAGGCUUUGUAUGUGUAGAUUGUCAGAAUUUUGUCACUGUGUUUCUGCUUACAUGUGCAAUGUUUAUGCUGUGUAUUACUGGAACAACAUAUGACCCCCCAUUCAUUCAUGAUUCUUGCGUAAAUAAGAUGAGUUCAUUCUCUUUUCUUCUUCCCUGA